GCUUUUGUCGCCAUGCAUCUUUUCCUCGCGUUCUUGGUGCUGCUGCUACUACUGGUAUCCAGCGCCGAUGUCUUCAGUGGAGGUAUCGCGCAUUUUGAACUGCAGCACGCACUAUGCGGUGCUCAAACUAGGUGAAUCCAGCCAUGUGCCAUCGUUCACGGAUGCCCAGGAAGUGCGCAGACGCUACAAGGAGCUCGCGGUCCGCGUCCAUCCAGACAAGAAUCGAGCUACUGACGCCGAAGCAGCGUUCAAGCGGUUGAGUGAAGCUUACGAGUGCUUGGUCGAUGAAAUAUCGCAGCGCAACUAUUUACAACAAUUGCAAGUUCACAACAGUAAACCAAAACCUGGACCGAACUCAGCGAAGCAAAAGUACAAGCGGAAGAGGAAAGCACAGUCCGAGCCAAAAGCUGACGAAGGUCCGAGUUUGCCUAAGCGUCGACGAACACCUGAAGAGAUUUGGCAGGAGUUCCAACGAGAAGAGGAGGAGUUGGCACGACAGCAAUUCCAUGUGAAAGGGUUUGAAAGAGUUUACGAGUCGAUAUCGAAGCGGACAUCACAAGUUGCUGAUAUUGCUUCCACGUCAACAGAAGAACAGCAAACUAUUCUGGAUUCGAAUCUGGACGCGAAGGCGAGUAACUGGGCAGCAUGGAGCAAGCCAACUUCAAAAAGGAUGCAAGUAGAGUCCGUUUCAAAUCUAGCAAAUGAGACUACUGCAAACUCAACUUCGAGCGAUGUUCCAGCAACUUUGAUUUGCUGUAUGCUCUGUCGGCGGAAAUUCCCGAGUGUGGAGGCACUUCAUCGCCAUGAAACUCUUUCCAAGUUACACCUAGCGAACGUCCAGACUCAGCUAGCACACUCGUCAGGUGAUGUGCCAUAG